AUGGAAAUAUCAUCUAAGAAAAUUGAUAAAGGUAUAUAUCUUAAAGGCAUUUAAUUUUAGGAAUUCAGUGUGAAGUGCUUUAAAGAGAAUACAUUCCACCAAACAUAUAAUCGACAUUUUUCCAUGAAUCUGAAGGCUGGAGUGUAUUUUACAGAUCAAGAACAAUAUCUUUAUUAAUAUUUAUGCUUGUUACUCUAUAUGUUACAAGUUAUUGGUUUCAAAGUCCAACACUUUAAGAGAGUGCAUAUAUUGGAUAUAUCUUCAGCUUUUUAGCUUUUUGUGCUUAUGGAGGUAGCUAUUUUCCAAAUACAUUAAUUCAAAGACCACAUCCAUUAUUCUGGAGAUUAUUAUAAAGUUGGGCUUGUGUUUAUAUGAUGAGCAUUGUUUUUCUCAUUUAUUUUGUAUCAUAUUUUAUCUAAUUUCUUAGACACCUGAAUAACUUUAACAAUUUCUUUAGUAGUUUGUUGAUCCAAAAUUAGGAAGACCACUUCCAUAAAAAAGUUAUGCUGAAGAUUGUAGAUUUUAUACACCAGAAAAUGAGAAAUCCAAAUUCUAUAAUUUGACUAGUUCAUUUGAUGUUUUUGUACCAGCUCACAUCUUUGGAUGGACAGUUAAAAUGUGGAUUUUAAGAGAUUUUAAAUUAGCAAUGUUUUAGUAAAUUGCUUUUGAAUUUAUGGAAAUCACAUUUAGACAUUGGUUGCCUAAUUUUUGGGAAUGUUGGUGGGAUCAUGUUAUUUUAGAUAUUAUUAUUUGUAAUACAGGAGGAAUUAUUGUUGGAUGGUACACUAUGAAACUGUUUGGAAUGAAGGAGUACAAAUGGUCUUUAAGAAAAGAAAAUAGAAAAGAUUCUUGGUUUAAAAAUUUUAAAAGAUUAUGUCUAAGUCCUCAAUUAGAUAGAAUUGAAUGGAAAGUAUUUUCUUCUGUUAAAAGAUUUUUAUUGGUAAUUUGGUUUUUAGUUUUUAUGAAUCUUUGUGACUUAAGUUUCUUUUUUAACAAAUUUGUACUCUAAAUUAAUACGGCUCAUAAUGUUAUGAAAUUUAGAGUUUUUCCAUUAGGAUUUUUCUCAAUAGUUGCUGCUAGGGAUUAUUAUGUGUAUAUUUCAGAUGAGUAAAUAAUAUUAAUAUUAUUAGAAAUGUUACAAGAUUAGGUCCUAAUGCUUGGUUAAUGCAUGCAAUUGUUCUAGGAGAAUGGGUUCUUUUCUUUAGAAAUUAUUAAGGUAUUUUUGUUGAAAAAUUUCCAACUUACAUUGUAAUUAUAUGGAUAGGAAUAUUUGCAUUAUUCUUCAUAACAUUAUUCUCCAUUUGGAAAAGAGAAAGGAGAUUAAAUAAGCUUAAGAAAAUUGAUUGA